GGUGUGACGGCAGCGGGCGCGAGCGAAGGUGCUAUUAGAAAGUACUCGCGGAUCGAGUGGCGCGCGAUUCAGUGCUUCGGCGACUACCGCGACUAUCGCAAGUUAUACCAACAUCGUAGCCAGUGCCGCCGCGCGCGCCAUCCCAAACUCGUUCGAACCGGAACGUCGCUGCACCAGGCGCCUCCGUUCUAUUCAUCUCCCAAGACAUCGAGUGAAACCUGAAAACUGAAAACUUUUUUGGUUCGCGGUCAAAACAUAAUAGUAAAAAGUGACACUACAAGAUAUCGUGCUUUGCACGAACUUUUUUGCAACCGAAAAGGAACGAGACAAGCGGAAGUAAGAAGGAGGAUCUUCGCUUUCCGAAUUCCUCGCUUCCUCGCUUGUAACAGCGGUUGAUCUAAUUAAUAUGGACGUUAAGCAGUUAUAAAUCCCCUUUUAGAACAGGAACCUUAAAAAGAAAGAACCCAAAAAAAGUCAAGACCACAAUGGAGACCGAAGAACUUAUCAAGCUGGUAGAUGGCAUCUACAAGAAUAUCCUGGAUAAAUUUAAUCCGGGAGCACGACAGAUGAUCAACGCUGGAAAAGCCUAUUUGAAAGCUCUACAUGGUGCUGCAGCAGCUUCAAGAAUGUAUGUAGAUGCUAUAAGCAAGUUGGCGAAACAAGCUCAACAAGGAACAUGGGGAGGAUCAUCUGAUAUCGGAGCAGCCCUUAUGAAAAUCGUCGAGGUUUACAAAGAAAUUCAAGACCAACAAAUGAAUAUUCUGAAAGCUUUCUACGUCGACCUAUUAGUACCUCUAGAAACAAACUUGGAGAAAGAUACUAAAGUAGUUCAAUCUGAACAAAAACGGUUUUUGCAACAACACAAACAACGUUCGGAAACGUACAGUAAAGCGGCCGCAAUGAUGAAAAAGCAACGAAAGAAAUCGAGAACGUCUUCAAAAACUGGUCUGGCUAUGGAUAAGGAAUUAAAGAAUAUGCAAGUUCUUGAGGAGGAAAAAACGAAAUUGGAUUCUUUUUGUGAACAAAGUUUAAAAAAUGCUAUGACUCAAGAACGUAGAAGAUACGGAUUUGUGCUGGAAAGACAUUGCUCGUUGGCUAAACAUUAUUUGUCAUAUCACACUCAAGGGAUGUCAAUCUACCAACAAAACAUUGAGAAAUGGUCUGAUGUAGCUAAAACACGCGAAUAUUUGCCGGAAACUGUUGAAAACAUCUUCAGUAACAGGAUAAGGCAAAUUUCAGUAUGGCAAGAUGAAGAUUUGUAUUCCAAUCCAAGAAGUCCACAUUUCGAUGAUGACCGUUUAAGUUUGAGCUCGCAAUUACGAAAAACAAAAAGUAUGGAUGCAUCCUGUUUGGAUAUUCGUUCCAUUGGAGACGUUGGAUCGCCCGUAACUACUCUAUCUAGAGCAAAAUCUGAAUACAAUUUAAAUUCGUCCACUCAUUCUUUAGUUCAAGAUGAAACACCGACUCGCCGUCCGAAAUCCAUAGCAGUCCCUCCACCCCCACAAUGGGACACACAACUCGCGAGAGCUCUUUACGCGUAUCUAUCAAGCGGCGAGAACCAAUUGAGCUUUCUGGAAGGCGACUUAAUCGCCCUAAUCGGCGAAAGGACCAAAGGGUGGCAGUUUGGAGAAAAUUUGCGCACUCAGUGCAGCGGUUGGUUCCCGUUGGCGUACACAGAAGUCUUGGACGAUUCAUCAUUUGGUUCACCAACACAUGCAUCUUCGAGUAACCAUCAAAACCCAUCUACCCCGACCAAUUCCGGGACCAAUACGGGAACAGGUGGGACCAGUACAGUCGGUAAUAAUGCUUCACUAGAAAACCCAACUCCCCGUAUGUUUGGAGACACCCUACAUCUACACAGAUCCUCAGCCAACGCUAAGCAGAUUCGCCGGGCGAUCGGCUCUAACAACAUCCCUCCACCAGCGCUUCCGGCUCCUGUACCAACUCCAUCCCUUCCUUAUCACAAAUCAGGAAUCGCCCAAUCGCACAGUGCUAAUUUCUCGUCCUCAACACAACAACAAAAACAAGACCCUUCAUUCCAGUCCCCGUAUUCCCAACCUGCGGGAAUUAAAAGCUCCACGAGCAACUUUAAUUUUAAUGCAACUUCGCAAACCGUCGCUGGCCAGUAUUCGACGCAUCCCCAACCUUCACGCUCGGAUAGGCCUACGGCAGUUGCACCACUGCCGUUGCAUUUGCAGGGAAAAGGGGGUAAAAUCGGUGGUCCCGUUGGAAAUGUCUCUUUGCACAGCAGCAACGAUUCCGGGUUUAGCAACGAUCCACCACCCCAACCCGAGAUUGAUUAUUCAGACGACGAGAGUAUUUCGGGACAGACUAAGUUACCAAACCGUCCAAACAUCAACAAGCACCACCGCGUUAACAGCGACGCAGCUCUCAAUCGCACUUCGAAUCAACCUCCAAACCAAAAGAAAAUGCACUCAAUCCGACCAUCCAAUAGUUCUGGAAAUUUAGUUGAAAGGCGCUUUUAUAACAGCCAAAAGGAUAUCGAUACAAUUUCUAACUUCGAUAAGAAAGCCGUUAAACGAACUAAAUCGUUUUGGAAAUUUGGGAAAUCUUCUGAUAAUGAGAUUUUGGAAGGAAUGGCUUUGUGGAAACAUAAAGAUUUGGUUGAUGUCCCAACAACGAAUGAUGACAAGAAGAAAACUGCGUCAAUAAAACCAAGGAAAAUUCCGAGGGAUAGAUCUAACGAUUCCGAUAAAACUUUAAAUGCGAAAUAUUAUAACGAUGAAUUAGAAAUAAAGAAUGUUAACCCUAAAACUAGAACGAUGGAAAAAGAAUAUAAAAAGAAUGACUCGAAUCGUUCACGAAAUAACAACGCUUAUCGCGAUGUUAAAAAUGGCACUUUAAUGCCACCGAUUAGGAAGGAAUCAGUAAAUAAUAACAUGCACGAUAAUUUUGAUGAUGAGUUUGAGCGCAGCACCAUAAGAAACAACGACGAUCAAUUCUACGAAGAUAGCGGUGAUGGAUUAGUGUUAAGAACCGUCAAUAGAAAGGAAAUUCUGCAACAAUACACCAACGAUUCAACUGGACCCGAUUCAGAAUCUGAAUCAGAAAUAACCAGUGAUGACCCAUACGAUUGCAUUUUAGUCGAUGACCAAACAACCAAACCACACAAAGGCGAAGAAUUUUCGAACGUAGCCGCCAUUGGAAAAAAACUCGAAAAACUUUCAAAACAAUACUCCCCAAACAAAAACGACACCAACAACAACCGCUCAUCCAUCGAAAAAAUCACCCGAAAAAACAACGACUCAAAAAUGAACGCGAUAAACGACGACAUGACUUACGGUAAUAAACGACAUAGUUUCAAAACGUUCGGAAUUGAGUCGCAAAAUUCCGAGAAUGGGGAAAGCGAGCUCAAUGGGGAUGUACAAAAAUACUAUCAUCAACAAUCGAGGAAACGAAAUAACGAGAGAAACGUUAAUGGUAAUAAUCACAACAAUAACCAUGAAAUUCAGAGACGUAAUAAACAGAGUUACGAUAGUAUCGAUUCUGAGUUGGAUAAUCACGAAAACAAUAUGCAAAGAAAUCGGAAUUCGAAUGACAAGAUGAAAGAGAAAUUGAAGUACGACGAUUUCGAUGAAGGACCUGAAACGAGACAGUUUUUGCCAAGAACGAAAUUAACGAAAACAAACAGUUCCAAUUCAACACGACAAGAACAAGAAGAUUUGAUGGAGUAUGGCGAAUCAUUGAAAAGAAGAACGAAAGGGGAAUUCAAUGAGAAAGCUGGGAAUAUGUACGGCCCAUGGUAUGACCUCUGGGGACUGGACGCUUCCGUACGGAAAUAAUUUUAUUUACUUUAGCAUGCUUAUCUCCGCUUCAUAUCGAAUGAAUUCAGUAGUAGUGCGCUGGCUAGAUGUCGCUUGUCUCGCUCAGAGGCGUAUUGAGUUCUUUUAAAACUGUUUGCUUUUCAGGGGAAGUAAUUUCGCUACAAUCAAGAGUAGGAAAAGUAAAACGGAACGGUCGCCGUCGCUCAUAAUCGAGUAGACGUUUUAAAGAGCGGAAUUG